UUUUUCUGUAGUUUCACUCACCCAAGUUGUUUUGCUGUUGGUUUUCAUCUGCUGGACGACGAGUUCGACUGGCGCUGCCUUUUCUUUGGAGGAAGAAUUCCUACAACUGAAGGAAAAUUAUAUUCAAAUGAAACAAGUUGUGAAAAGUUUGGAGGCCAAAGAUGAACAAAUGGAGGCGCAACUCGAAUUAAAUAAUAAACUAAGACAAGAUUUGGCAUUGAAAGUAAUCCAAUUAGAGGCCAAAAAUGUCCAACUGGAAGUCAAAAUUGGAAAACUGGAGGACAAAGUUAAACAACAAGAUUCGCUUAUUAAAAGUUGUUUUUCACGAGAGAAAAAUGAACGCACAGCAGCAGCAACCGACUUUGUUCCAAUUGUCAAUAAUCCAUCGGCUGUUUCCAUCAACGGACUGCCGUCUUCAUGCGCGGAUCUCAAAAGCAUUGGCCACACCCUGAACGGAUUUUAUUCCGUCAUAGGAUCGGUGAAAAUGGAAUCCGUUUACUGCGAUUUCACUAAACUACCUGACGAUGCAGGUUUUCAGAAAUGGAUCGGAUACGCCGACGUCAAAUCUGCGCCGGUCCAUUUCUACGUCCAGAGAGAAUCUCAAUUUAACCAAACACAAACUCCGAUUCCGUUCGAGUUGGCGCGGGUGAACGAGGGAAACGCCAUGGAUUUGACAACGGGGAAAUUCACGGCACCGCGACCGGGAAUUUAUUUUUUCUCUUUCGCGGGAACGGCGUAUCUUAAACCUUCAUCUACUGUUCAGUUUUCUUCUAAUCUUUAUUUGAACGGGAAUAUGAUCGGGUCUAGUUAUGUUGCAGAGAAUAACGACCCCGUUAGUCGAUUUAGUCCGUUGACCCUUCAGUCGACGCUGAACUUGAAAAAAGGCGAUCAACUCUGGAUGGAGAUUGGUUAUUCAGCCUCGUAUUUGUAUGACGACAGUGCCCACCGCACCCAUUUCACGGGUUUCAUGUUGGAGGAGGAAAUUGUGGCGUCCAUUCGAGAUUUCGGGUUCCACAUCCAAAAUGCGCAAAAUGAACGUCGCCAUUUUGUAGAGGGAAAUUUUAAGGGGGAAGGGAAGAUAAUUCAUUAA